AUGUUGAAAGGUCGCGGGCGAGCUUCGAUUCCUGGGACUCCAAUUGGUCAUCGAUCACCGGGCAGAGCCCCUGUGGCGAAACCCGAACCGGACUACGAAGUAGUGGAGUUCCCAUCCGAACAAUAUGUCAACGCAAAGCUUCAGCAUCCACCUCCAACACCGCCAAGACCACCUACAGGUCACCCAAUGGAUACAUCUUGUGGCUUAUGUGGGGGCGGCGGCGCAAGAGUUCGAUGUACAGAGUGCGGGCGACGCGCGCUCUGUGCCUCUUGCGAUGAUAUGUAUCACAGGCAUCCAAAGCGAAGGCAUCAUCAACGACAAGCCCUCCCACCAUCAUUGCUAAAAGAAGAAAGACCACCUCUACCCCCGAAGGGAACACCACCUGUUCCACCACCACGAAGACAUAAGUUAAGUGGUGAUAGAAGUACAGCCAGCCCUAAGACUCCAGUAUUAGAUCAAAGACGAGCUACGCUUAACGUAUUUCACGGAGUCUCGAAUAAUACAACUCCAUCCGCUACCUUACCGCAUACUUUUGCACCUCAGCGACCACCAGUGACUCAAAUGCCCGUAAAUAUGAAUACACAACCUCGAAUGACGCCGAAUUUCUCUGCUGCUGUUCAAGCACCUAUACCUGAGCCAGUUAGCAAUAUGGGAGGAUUCAAUCCGUGGACUCGUCCACGUACUUCCUUGCCCGGGUACAAUGUACCACCUCAAAGUAUUUUGCCACCUCAACAAAUGGAACAUUGGGAUGCGCAUGAGAAUCUUUCGCAGAACUGGGGGCGUCCAUUGCGCCGCGGGGCUUCUGUGAUGGAGUUAGGAGCACCAGCUUGCGGCGGCUGCGCUCACUGCGCACCAAAUCCCUGGCGAUAUGGUAGUUGCGCUAACUUGGAUCAUUCCUGGGGGCAGGGGCAGUGGGCGCAGACUUGUUGUGUGCCUCCAAUGCAGAACCAACGACUGCAACCACACUCACACAUGCACGCGCCACAGACCCCUCAGCCUUAUCGUAGAGCUGAAAGUCGAGCUGCAUCUAGAGCCCCAUCUCGAGCAAACUCACGCGCACCUUCUCCCGCUUUGAGCAUGCGGUCACGUGCAUCACGGAGGACAAGGCCUCGCUCACCUUCACCAUCCAUACCUUCCAGUGACGCAGACUCAGAGAGUGAAGCGAGCGGUCGAGAGGAAAAGUUAGAAAGAAAGAGAGAAACACAUAAUGUGAGAGAGAACGAAAGUGAUUUGGGACCCGCGCCGCCCCCUCCGAGUACCACAUGGCAAUGUGAACAUUGUACAUACGUUAAUGAACCUCAAGUAAGGGUUUGUGUCAUCUGUUGCCGGACGCCGACCGUUACACCGAAAACUAUAGCUGGUCUUAACAAUGGAAUAUCUAGUUUAAGGGUUACUGACAAAUCGCAAACAGAUGGUUCAAUGAUCAAUCGAAAAAUGCGUCAUGAAUCGGCAGAUAAGAGCCGACAAAAGGAAAAAGAACGCAUUUCGACAUCGUGCGGACCGUCUCCGCCGAGAGACACAAAUACAGUAAGAAAAUCUAUAAAUCGUUUGGAAACUCCCACAAAGGAACAUACUAGCCAAUCAGCAAACACACGACACGAUAUAGCCGUCGGACCUUCGCCCCCAAAAGAUAUUCAAGAAGAUUUGAAACAGCAAGUUAAGAAAUCACCAACACCUCACAAAACAUCGCUAGAACGAGAACCGAUAAAAAAACAUAGUGUUUCAGUGGGACCUUCCCCACCCCGUUCUGUCCCUGUAACAAAAACUAUAGUAAAAGAAUACGAGAUUGAAAAGAAGACAUUAGUAAAUCCAGCAAAAGAAGAAAUCGACGUUCGGCCGGAAUCUAGAAGUAGCCGAACAAGUGUUGCUAACACUGGGACGUCACCGCCACCCCAGAGCAUAUCUACUCAGACGUAUGAAGUACCAAAUAAUAAUUGGCAACGGCCGGCAUCCGCUGCGCGAAGUAGGCCACGACGUCGAUUUAGAGAUGAAACACGAGAACGAUCACAUAGCAGACAUUCACUGUCCAGCGAUACCAGGGAAAGCGAACGCAGUGUCAGAACUACUGAGGGUCGUUGGGAGUGGCGCGAAAGCAGUCCUUGCGCGGCUGACUGGAGCGAGAACGAACGGAAGCGUUCUGAUAGACUCACGCGGCGAGCCUCGCAUUUGGAUUUGCGGAGAACCCGCAACUCGCGUCGCACUAGUCUUUAUGGAUCGGAGGCACCAUCUCCCGAACCACUUGUGAAUAAUCGAGCGGUCUCGUUAGAAGCAUUAGCCAUUUCAAAACGUGAGGCAGAACGAGGUCUAGAACUGGCACGUCUUUUGACUGAAGCUGAGAGACAAGGAUUCAGUGCGGCAGAAGUGCAAGCAGCAUUAGCUCAGAACCCAGUUGCACCUCUUGCGUGGCUAAGAGAACGGUGGCCAAGUUUGGUUGCAGGAGUAAGAGCCGCUGCCGCUAGACUUGCAUCUGGUGUAACAGUAUCAGAACUUGAAGCUCGCGCUGCUUUGGCCAGACAUAGAGGAGCUAUGUGGCCCGCAGUCACAGAGUGUGUAGAGCGACAUAGGAGACAGGCGGGUGAAUAUGGAGUCAGUGAAGAAGGCAAAUUACGUGGCCGCGUAUGGGGCUCCCCUAUAGGAGUCGACGAUGAAGGGGCACCACCUUCUUUCUCCGACCAACCACACCGCAACCGCGCAAACGACAGUUCAGAUGAAUUUGAGGAGUCCAUCACCAAUCUUCAAGAUGAUGAUUGGAUGUAUUUACCGUUAAAUCUUAAUGCCAAUGCAACUAAUAUUGAUGAAAAAUAUAUUCUCCAAAAGAAAUAUAAUAAUACAACACAAGACAAUAAUGAAAAUAUAGCAGAAAAUUUAAAAUUCAUAUUAGACUUCGCUGGUGUUCCAACGAUUGAAGAAAGUUUACUUUCAAAAAAAAUAAAUUUGGAAAAUACAAACAAAAUGAAACAAGAAAAUAGAAAUGUAGUAAAUCCGAAACAAAUAGAAAACAUAAUUGAUUUAGUGCAAUCGGAAAAAGAUUUUAUUGAUGCUUACAAUGCCCUAUCGCAAUUAAGUCCAUUACCGAAAAUUGAAAUUCCAAACAAUAAAGAAUUUCAGCAACAUACAAAAACAGAUACUCAUGUACAACAACCAAAUGGAAUUUCACAACAAAGUAAUGUAAUUUCAACUUCUAGUAAUAACGUAAGAGAGUAUUCUACAAAUAUAGCGGAUACACACCGUUUAAAUGAAUCCAAAGUAGAACAAAACAUUACCCUUGUAGAUCCAACACCUUUACGGGUACUGAACACCCAGUUCAAUUCUGAAAAUAACAAUAAAAUAAAACAAGACAAUCUUCAUUUAGAUAAUGACAAACAAGCAGAUCAAAUUCAAGAUUUGAAAACAAAUAACCUUAGUGAUUUAGUAGAUACUACGCAGAGAUUGAUACAACAAAUGAAAGAUGAGAUAACUUAUGAUAUAAAAUCUCAUAACUCCCAACAAAGUGAUACACAUUCUAGUGGUUCUGAGCCAUCAAUAGAACAUGACUUCACUGACACCGAUUGCGAAAAUAAUACAGAAGAUGUUACGUCUGAAGAAAAAGAUACAUCAAGUGAAAAUGAGGAAAAUAGUGGUAUUGUAUUCCACGAAAAAGUUAACUCAGUAACAAGUUCAGAAGAUAACGAAAAAUUCGAGGAAGCUAUUGAUUAUUUAGACCCUGAUUCCCUUUCUGAGCAGGACAAUGUUACUUUGCCAUUGGGCAUCGAGCAUGACAGUAAAACUAUCAUUGAUAAUGUGAAAGUACCCUGUCUCGAUUCAAAAGAUUUUGUUAAUAGUAAUUUAUAUGCUGAAGUAAAUUCUUUCGAAGAAAUUUAUGACCAAUUAAAUAAUGGCAGUAAAGAUGACAACAAUUUCACAAAAAAUAUUUCUGAGAUAUCCAAAAAAUACGUAAAAGAUGAAGAAAGCCUUUUUUUACCUGCCAGGGAAACAAUUAAUAUAAUGACCAUUAAAAUAGAUACACCAAUUAAACCAAUUAUAUCAGAAAUGAAGUUUCCCGUACUAAAUGCUGUUGUAGAAAAUACAUUCGAACUCAAAGACUUCCCAUUAAAAUCAAAAAUCAUGGAAACCGGCACAGUCAUUGAAACUUUAAACAAAAGUAAACAAAGUGUGACUAAUAUAGAAAAUAUAAAUACUACCGUUAUUACUUUGGCUUCACCCCAGGAACUGAAAAAUAAUCAACUUAGUAGCAAUAGUAACGAUGUCAGCAAAAUACAUGAUGAAUUUGACCUUGAAAAUCGAAAUGUUGAAUUAAAUAGCGCUAGCGAUAAUCCAGAUACAGUUAUUGAUACAAGUGCUUUAAAAAAUGAUACUAAACCUAAGCAAAAUGUUGUGGGCAAGUCAAGUAUACCCGUUCCAAUUAAAACCACUAUUGUUCAUAAAGAAAAGGUAGAUAAGAAUCAAAAGUUGAUCACUUCAAAAUUACCAGUGAGAAGGACAUCAAUCAAACGGUACCCUGCUCCGGCUCCUCCAAAAGCACAAUUAAAUAACGUGCAGAAUGGACACGUGAAGCAAUUGCAAACACAAAUAUUCCUUAAUAAAACUGACGUACAUGUAGAGAAAUCAUCAUCUAGUAAUACAAUAGAUGUGAUACCUUCUACUUCUACUAUCAAGAAAAAAGCGGCACCUCUACCUCCACAGUCUGAACAGCAAUCACCACCAAAACAACCGUUUAAAGAAAAAGAACAAUUCUUUCGUGAAACUUGCCGAACAGAAGAUGAAUGGACCGAUAGCGAAUCCGAAAAUGAUAUAAGAAUCCCGAAAACACCAAAAGAAGUUACACCUACACCGGAGCAAGAGUCGCUUCCACCAAUAACAUUGCGACGUGUAUCGGGCCAAUUAGUUGAUUUGACUAAAGUAAACUUGCCAGAGGGAUCCCCAGAGAGACAAGCUCGUAUGCUUUUGGCGGAAGGAGCGACAGAGAACUGGGACCAAGCUCGAAUUGCUGUGGAGUUGAUAGCGCAAGGAACAGAUGUAGCAACCGCUCUACUUGCUUCUCUGGAAUGUACAGAUCUCAACUCUGCUUUGGCGUAUUUGAAUCAGUAUUGUGAGCUUUGUGCGGCCCACUACCCUGAACAUGAAAUGGUAUCAAUGUUACGAUGUUCUCAUAGAUGUUGCCGAGAAUGCGCCCGACAUUAUUUUACCGUACAGAUAACAGAAAGAAGCAUCGUUGAUUGCGUAUGCGCUUAUUGUAAAGAACCCGAAUUAGAAAAUUUAGAUGAAGACGCUUGGGUUAAUUACUUCGCACAUUUGGAUAUUUUGCUCAAAACUCUUCUUGAAUUUGACGUUCAUGAACUUUUUCAACGUAAGUUGCGGGAUCGUACUUUAGCUCGGGAUCCAAAUUUUCGGUGGUGCGUUGAAUGCUCCUCGGGAUUUUUUGUUCAUCCGAAGCAAAGAAAACUCCGAUGUCCAGAAUGCAAAUCGGUAACAUGUUCCACAUGCAGAAAACCGUGGUCCACAAAUCAUGAUGGAAUAUCAUGCGAAGAAUACGCAAGCUGGCUUGAAGAUAACGAUCCCGAACGAUCAAUAGCCGCGGUCCAACAACAUUUGAAAGAAAACGGGCUGGAAUGCCCUCGAUGUCAUUUUAAGUAUUCUCUCUCCAGGGGUGGAUGUAUGCAUUUUACGUGUACACAAUGCAAAUAUGAAUUCUGCUACGGCUGCGGUAAACCUUUCAUGAUGGGCGCCCGUUGUGGCCUGAGUGAAUAUUGCGCCAAGCUAGGCCUGCAUGCUCAUCAUCCACGCAACUGUCUUUUUUAUUUGCGUGAUAAAGAGCCACACGAGUUGCAAACACUUCUGCAGAUGAAUAAUGUGGCGUAUGAAAUCGAAGCACCCCAAGGCGGCAACAAACGGUGUCCAAUUCAGUUACAGCGUGAAACGCCAGCUGGACUUGUUGAUACCACAUGCGGUACUGAAGUUCUGCCGAACAAUGCUGGUCUAUGCAAGAACCAUUACUUGGAGUAUCUGAGUCGAUUGGUGCGUAACAAGAAAAUUGAGCCUUUGCCGAUUUUGGGCGUGGACGAUUUGGAAACGGUGGUGCGGCGGGCUGCUUUGCGACUACCUCCGCGUCCCUACGGCUCUCUAGAAGGCGUCUACAAACGAGGCCUGAUCGAGGUGAGCGAACUCGUGGCAGAACUUCGCCGGCGCGCCCUCCCUUUGCCUGAAAGAGGUCCGUGGGACACAGAUCCUAUAUACGCCGGAAUGUGCGCCGAGAUUGUCAAAGAGAAGAUACCUCUGGAUUGA